UUUGCUGAUGGCUGGUUUUUUCCAUGAACUAUAGUUUUGGCAAUGAAGCACCCUGCAAAAAACGAGAGGAUUAUUUGGAAUGGCCUGAAUAUUUUAUGGCAGUAGCUUUUUUGUCAGCACAAAGAAGCAAGGAUCCAAGUUCUCAGGUUGGUGCCUGCAUUGUAAAUUCAGAAAACAAGAUUGUUGGAAUUGGAUACAAUGGGAUGCCUAAUGGCUGCAGCGAUGAUGUACUACCCUGGACAAGAACAGCAGCACAUAAACUGGACACGAAAUAUCCUUAUGUGUGCCAUGCCGAAUUGAACGCCAUCAUGAACAAAAACUCAGCUGAUGUGAAAGGCUGCAGCAUGUAUGUUGCCUUAUUUCCAUGUAAUGAAUGUGCAAAGCUCAUCAUCCAGGCAGGCAUAAAGGAAGUUAUUUUUAUGUCUGACAAGUAUCAUGACACUACAGAAAUGACAGCUGCACGGCGGAUGUUUGAUUUAGCAGGUAUUAUAUACAGGGAAUUCAAGCCAAAGUGUAACAAGAUCAUCAUCGACUUUGAUUCAAUUAACAGCAGACCAAGUCAAAAGCUUCUGUGAAUUAAGUCUCAUUAAGACCCUAGAAGACUGUGAUUAUCCUUUUCUAAAAAGCUGCUAAUGCCUUUCAUCUUGAAGUUACUUGCAACUUUUUAAUGGCUUCUGUAGCUAAAGUAGACUUCUAAGAAAUCCAAGGCAUAAAAUGUCCCCCUCACUUCAUCUUGUCAUGUGGAAUCUAAAUCUACUUAAAAUUUUUUAAUGCCUUUAUCAAAACUGCUUAAAAAGUCUGGAGACAUGUAGAUGAGACAAUAUAAUGUAUGUAAAGAAAACUGUUCUGAACCUCGCUGUAUUCAUCACCACAUGCUCUGAUAGGCUGUCAGCAUUGAUUUAGACUCAGUUUAACAGUAGUACUUACUGUAACCAGUAGUACAGUGGAAUACGCUAAUAUAUGUUGAUCUCUCUAUGGGAUAUGUGGAUCUUAAUAGUUGAUCCUCAUAAAGGACAAAAAACGUUAUCCAUGCAAAUCCUAAUCUUCCAACUAGCGUAACACUAACAUUUUGUAACAUAAUGUGUGAUAUUCUGCAUGUGUUAUCCAACAAAUGAAAUGCUGAUUUUUCUUUUAAUUGCUGUCUCACAUGUUCAUACAUGGGGAGGGGUGAGAGAAGAAGUUGUUCUGAGAACAGUCCCUGCUCUGGACCAAGCUUUACAGGUGCUUUCAAGUCCUCAUUUUCCCUGAGGCUCCAGAAUUGGAGGGUGUUGAGGGAGUAAAUCAUUUGGGUCUUUACCUUUGGGACUCUUACUUGGAGUUGGUUUUCAUGUGGAGAAGGAAAUUAUUUUUUUGGUCUAAGCUGUUUCUAGAAAGUCUGACAUAGUUCAGUCUUAAAAUCAACCUGUAAGGUAACUGAAUAGGUUUUUGUCCUCUGAGAGAAAUUGGAGAUAGUCAACCCAUAUCCGUAUCUGUGCCAAAAGAGGUAAUUAUUGUGUUAGCUUGUUUCCCAGUGCU